CCUCUAGAGAGUCAAGGCUAAAGUAGCCGGUGAAACUAAAACCCCCACAACUUGAUCCAUCGGAAACAGAAGACGAAUCGAAAAUGAUGGUGGAUCUGAGCUCGUUCUCAGAGGAGAAAUUCGACCCGAAAAGAUGGAUAAACGGGGCGGUUCAGCAGAGGCACCCGCAGGACCCGGUGGAGAAGCACCUGGUGGAUCUGGAAAUGAAGCUGCAGAUGGUGUCGGAGGAGAUCGCCUCCUCACUCGAGGAGCAGAGCUCCUCCGCACUCCUCCGCGUCCCCCGCGCCUCCCGCGAUGUACUCCGCCUCCGAGAUGACGCACUCUCACUCCGAUCAUCUGUUGCUAACAUCCUGCUCUUCCUCAAAAAGGCUGAGGGAUCCUCUGCAGAAUCAAUCGCAACCCUUGCCAAGGUUGAUACAGUCAAGCGGAGGAUGGAAGCAGCAUAUGAGACAUUGCAGGAUGCUGCCGGCUUGACGCAGCUAAGCUCGACCGUGGAGGAUGUAUUUGCCAGUGGUGACCUCCCACGUGCUGCUGAAACGCUGGCUAACAUGAGGCAUUGUCUGACUGCUGUUGGAGAGGUUGCGGAAUUUGCUAAUAUCAGGAAGCAGCUUGAAGUUCUAGAAGAUAGACUGGACUCAAUGGUUCAACCUCGUUUAACAGAUGCAUUGAACAACAAAAAGGUUAAUGUUGCUCAAGAAAUGCGGGGAAUACUCAUUCGGAUUGGGAGAUUUAAGUCUCUAGAGAGUUAUUACACAAAAGUCCACCUUAAACCCAUAAAGAAGCUAUGGGAAGAUUUUGAGUUGAGGCAACAGUCUAAUAAACUUGCAAAUGAGAACCAUGAAAUGGGAAGGGUCUCAAGUAACUUCGGUUCACAGUCGAGUUUGCCGAUAAUUUCAUUCUCGCGCUGGUUGCCGAAUUUCUACGAUGAGUUGCUGCUAUAUCUCGAACAAGAAUGGAAGUGGUGCACGCUUGGUUUCCCUGAAGAUUACAAAACCCUUGUUCCAAAAUUGUUGAUUGAGACAAUGUCAUCCAUUGGUGCAAGUUUUAUAUCCCAUGUGAAUCUUGCUACUGGAGAUGUUGUUCCUGAGACUAAAGCAUUGGCCAAAGGUAUAUUAGACAUCUUAUCAGGCGAUUUGCCUAAAGGUGUCAAAAUCCAGACUAAACAUCUAGAGGCCCUGAUAGAACUACACAACAUAACUGGGAGUUUUGCCAGGAAUAUUCAACAUUUGUUUUCUGAAUCAGAUCUGCAUAUUCUAUUGGAUACAUUGAAAGCAGUCUACCUUCCAUUCGAAACUUUUAAACAAAGAUAUGGACAAAUGGAGCGUGGCGUGCUGUCCGGUGGAAUUUCAGGUCUUGAUCUUAGGGGAGUUAGUACUCGUAUUAAAGGCGUCCAAGGAGUUGAACUCAGCGAAACAGUUAGAAGAAUGGAAGAGUCCAUCCCACAAGUCAUUCUACUUUUAGAAUCUGCCACAGAGAGAUGCAUUAGCUUUACCGGUGGUUCUGAGGCAGAUGAGUUGAUCCUAGCCCUUGACGAUGUAACAUUACAAUACAUCUCCACCCUUCAAGGAAACCUAAAAUCAUUAAGAGCAGUAUGCGGAAUUGAUCUAGUGGUGGAUACUUUCGGAGCACGGAAGGAAACAGGAUCAGACAGAAAGGAGGCAGCUUCACAUGCACGGAAAGUCGAUUUCAUGUCAAACGAGGAGGAAUGGUCUUUCGUCCAGGGCGCUUUACAGAUCCUCACAGUAUCGGAUUGCUUGACAAGCCGAACUUCAGUUUUCGAAGCUUCCUUGAGGUCUACUCUCGCCCGAUUGAGCACUAAUCUGUCUUCCUCUGUGUACGGUUCAAGUCUUGAUCACAACCAAUCACAUGUGGCUGACAAUGAUGGAAAUGGGGAAUUCUCCACCGCUGGAAAAGCUUCCCUGGAUGUGGCGGCUCUCCGGCUUGUUGAUGCUCCUGAAAAGGCUCGCAGACUUUUUAACCUCUUGGAGCAGUCAAAAGACCCUCGAUUUCACGCCCUUCCACUGGCUUCUCAAAGAGUCGCAGCUUUUGCAGACGCAGUCAAUGAACUAGUUUACGACGUACUUAUAUUAAAAGUUAGACAACACUUCAACGAAUUGUCUCGCCUCCCCGUAUGGUCUUCCGUUGAAGAGACGAGUGCUCACCCAGUUCCAAGCUUUAGUGCAUACCCUCAGCCUUAUGUCACAAACGUCGGUGAAUACCUUCUCACAUUACCCCAACAACUGGAGCCCUUAGCCGAGGGCAUUUCCAACAGUGAAGCCAAUGCCGAGGAGGCACAAUUCUUUGCCACUGAAUGGAUGUUCAAGGUUGCUGAGGGAGCUACUGCUCUUUAUAUCGAGCAGUUGCGCGGGAUUCAGAAAAUAACAGACCGUGGGGCCCAGCAAUUAUCUGUUGAUAUUGAAUACCUGAGCAAUGUGCUCUCAGCUCUAUCAAUGCCCACUCCUUUGGUUCUUUCUACGUUCCAUACAUGUUCUUCAACACCAACAGAUCAGCUCAAGGAAAUUGUGAAAUCCGAUUCGGGAAAUCAGCUCGAUAUUCCAACUGCCAACCUUGUCUGUAAAAUGCGUGGUCUGAGACUGGAUUAGUAGGGCCCAUUGCUCAAUGUUUCUCAAUCGACAUAAUCAAGUUUGUUUACGUGGGCGAAGAAUUGUACCCAAUCUGAAAAUCCCAAGUUAGAUUUUCCUUUAGAAUACAUUUUUUUUUUCUUUUUCGGAAACUGUAGUUCUUACUUCAUAACGAAUUCCUCAUGUAUUCUCCUGAUAAGGUAGAGGGUGUUUAUAUAUUAUCGAGAAGACGGUGUUUGGCUGCAAUACUUGUGUAACAGAGUGAUGUUCGUUGUGAAUCUCAUUGCUCCUGCUCAAAUUCAUGUAUUACCCAUUUACGAAUGUCGAUUUCCCAUUGAUCUUCAAUUUGGAUAUA